GUUGUUUACGACUCCCAUGCAAAUAUCGAAACCAAUUUCUUAGUAAUCAUGGAAACCUGUUAGCAAGAACUUUAAUAUCAAUAUUCUAAGCAGUAUACCAGGAUUUCAUCGGCCUCUAGAAGGGCGAUCAUGGGAUUUCUCUUCGGAGUUCAGUAUGGUUUAAUCUGUUCCAUUAUGUUUUAUUUGGGAAGAUGCGAGCUAAAUCCUUCGAUACAGUGGACUCACUCAAAUCCGUUGUAAGUAGUUUAUGCGAAACAGUGAAAAUUGAAUUGCAUGUACUUUUUGCCAAGUUUGAUUGGGCUAAUUAGCGAUUGGAAAAAAUACUUACUGAUGAAUCAGGCAAAACAAAUCCAUCCAUCCUCAAAGAUUGGCAGAUACAUAGGCUCAUAGAUUUUGUCAAGCACGUAAUAACUGUACUGUAUUUACAACUCUAGGAACCGAAACGGAAGUGCGUUAUCUUUAUGAGAUCGUAAUCUUUACGGGGUUCUGAGGGAAAGUGUAAUGGCACAACGAGGUGCCUUUUUGACAAGAUUCUUAGUCAGAAAAUAACGGUAUUCUACACCUUAUUUUCUGAAAUAAUGCUUCACCGUGUAGAAGAGAGGUGGGAGAGAGUUUGAAUAUUUUAUUUCUAUAUGAAAAAUAAUGUUGCGUAGUUGAAGAAGACCUCACACAGAGAAUGGUGUGCGACAAACGCAGACUGCAGACUUGCAGACUGGCAGGUAAACAAGAUAAACAUUGUUGUGAAAUGCUCUAACAGAUUCUCUAUCGCUAAACUUCAACUCUAGCUUAGGGAUAGGGAAUCUGUUUGAGUAUUUCACUGACAACGAUGUUUAUCUCGUUUACCUGCUAGUCUGCAAGUCUGCAGUCUGCGUUUGUCGCACACUGCACAGUGAAAACGCGAACUGACAAACUCCUACUCGCCCAUCAGCAGACAUCGUUUUUUCUCAUUUGGACAAACGAGAAGCAGAGUCUUAAGCCAUCAAUGAUAUUUCUGGAAAACAAUAUUUUAUGAGCCAGAGCAAAGAACAAACGAGGGUAAUUAUCAUGUUGUUUGUAUGAAUAUUGAAAUAGGUCUAGAAUAUAAUAAUUUUCUAUAUUCUCCUACCGGAUGAGUUGUUGAUCAUGAAACGCCCAAAUCAAUAUCUAUUUAUAUAGAGAUUACAAUGUUAUUUGGCUUUUGUUGACCUUGAUUUCACUAUAGAAGUGCCGUUCAAGCUUGUCAAGUUCAAGAGAGGUUUCAGUAGAGAGUCAGUAGACUUGGCAACGAUUCAGCAUUAAGAUUGAGGGUAACAUAGAUUAUGCUCAUUAAAGCACUUUCUUUUCUGCUCUCUUUCUGCAAUUUCCGUCUUUCGGAAGCGUUUUACCCACUGAACAUAUCACGCCUUUUUUUGAUAAUAUAUUGAUAAGAGUUUCUCCGAGAAGUAGCUCAGUUUCAGGCAAUUAUCCCGAAAGCAUUUAUCACGUUAUAACUUAAUUUCUCCAAUAAUUUAGCUCUUAACGAAUAUAUUGAUUCAAUACGAUACUUUUCAUCAGUCGAUGUGUCUUAUACACCAACCGGCGGCCGAUGCAAUUUCCCCCGACAAAGUAGUUAUUAGGAGCUACGAAAUACUGUUGCAGCCAGUGGUAAUUUGUGCAGCAACAUUUAUCGGCCAAAAGACGGAUUUAAUACUCUUAUUUCUAGAUAGCAGGUUAAGAUACCGAUAAUGGCUCAAGUCCGUACUCUUGUGAACGACAAUUUCUCGAAAAGUAGUUGGAAACUCUUUGAGCUGAGUCUGUGAAGUGAAAUAACUCGUGACCGGAAAUCAGUUUCAAAAUAGGCAAUUUUGGUUUGCAAAUUCGAUGUGCGUUUUUUUUUUUGUUAUUAUUAUUUUGUUUUCGAUGCAGCACCUGUUCAGAUGUCUGGCAGGUCGUAAUCGGUCAUUGUGUAUUUUCAUUGCAUUUUGGGUGUCGUUCUGGUCUCUGUGUGUUAUCUGGUACAUUUUGCGUGCGUAGUUACAUCGUCUGUUCGUAUACUAGGUGUAAAAAUAUGCGCCGAAAGUCACAAGCAUUAACAGGAACCUUAAUUCAAUCCUGACGUGGAUUAGUCCUAUUGUGUAAAAGCAACUUGCGUAAGACUUCCAGAAUAAACAAGGUUUCACGCAAUGCUACUCAGAUCAUACUCAAUUAGGAACAUGCAUACAAUGUUACUGGCAAAAAUGUUUAUAGUACUGUUUCGCCAGCAAUAAAUUAUCAUUAUUAUUAUUAAAUUAUUAUUAUAAUUUUCACUGCUUAAAGCCCUGAAAGUCCUUGUUGUUAAAUAAGUGCUUCCAGAGCUAUCGAGGAACAUGAAACAUGAAAUAUGCAAGAUCUUUUUUUAGUUUUAACAUGGUUAUCCGAAAACGUUUUUUUUGCGGGACGAGUUCAAGAGGAAAUAAUGUCGCAAAAUAAUUUAGCGCCAUAUUUUGGUUUUAUUAUACUGAAUGACUACCUUGCCAGCAGCAGAGGUUUCACAGCAUUUACGAAGUGUUUCGUGUCGCUUGUCAGUCGCGUAGUUAGGGCGUAACGAACAAAAAACACUACGCGAGAACGAUGUCGUAAGUGCUAAAAGCCACGCAAGAGAAAAACAUGACAGCAUUUCCCUUUAAAUCUUAGAGGAGCGGAAAAUGGUGAGGGCCUUUUCCCGCCCCUCCUAGAUUCUAAGACAAAAAGAAAGCCUUGUGAAAAUACACUCUUUUUUGAUGCAAAUUCGUUGAAUAAAAAUAAUGAAUAUUGUUUUCUCAACCAAUUUGUCCGCCAUGUCACGUGGUUGGGGUCAAUUAAUUAGACUGUUCACAGUCCCUUAUUGUUUCGUAAGAUUGUCAGGAUCGAGCGCUUACCGGUACGAGCGGCCAUCUUGGUUUCAUAUGUACCGAGGGGCCGGUGAAUUUGAAAUUCAACCAAGAUGGCCGCCCGCAACGUUAAGUCUUCGAUCUUGGAGAUCUUACAAAAAAUAAUAGGGGACUAUAAACAGUCCUGAGCCAAUGUAUCCACUGGAAUUACGAAAAGAAAUAACUAUUUGAGGCUUAAAUUUCCCGCCAAUUUGUUACUAAAAAUAACUUGAGAAUACUACUUGGAAUAAAGCCUGUUUCUAGGAUCCUCUAAACUCUAUGGUAUGCAGGGCGAUUCAUAUCCGAUCUGGCUCUGUUGGUAGUGGUGUGAACUAGAAACUGCUUUCUUCUAAGCCUGUCUGCGAAAACUAAGAAUUAAGGAAUGUGGGUUCUUCUUUUUAGGGACUAAUAAGACGACCAAAGAUCUAUCCCUUUUUUGAAUAAGAAAACACAAAUAAUUACCCUUGGUACCGGAGCUUUUUUCUCGCGUGUAAUGAGGAGCUUUCUUGGGCCGAAGGCCAAUACCGCCAGAAAAAGCCUCGGGCAACUUUUUAAGACUUAACCGAAACAUGCAGGAAACCGCGCAUGAAAUGCCUCUGCACCCAGGGUAACAAAUCAUACGAGAUCAUGGUGAAGAAGAUAAAUAUGAAAAUAAAAAUAUUGAGAAUUUUCUUAAUUUUUUAUCAAACACUUUUGGCCUCGUAUUCCUUCGGAGCACGUGAAUCUUAAUUCCCGGAUUUAUUUAGCUUGCAUACAAGCGUUUCCGCGCAAGUUCGUUGGGAAACUUAGAACGGGAGCUAAAAAGAUGUAUGAAGUAGAAGAGGCAAGUGUUUUCUCUUCCCUUCCCCCCUCCCGCCCCUCUUCUUUGAAUUUUUGUUUUUGCUCUCGCUCUAACUUCCGCGCAAUAGCUCGAUCGGAAACGUUUUCUACGCAGACCAGGAUUUAUUGCUUAUAUUCUAUUUUUCUUUCAGAUUUACGAUAAACAGAACACAUUGCGUUAAUCCGUUGUCCAGAGUAUUCUUCAUUUGUCCAAAUACUGUUACCAUCCUAACCAGACUAAAAACCAGUCAAUCAAGUCCGCAAUACGAGAAUCUGUGGUUGGUUGGCAAACAAGGCUUUGAAGGUUGUGAGGUGAACAAAUCGAUCGACAAGAAGCUAAUAGAUUGCAAUAAUCCAUUGAACUUGCUCUAUUAUGAAGUCAUAUUUAAGAGAUACAGUGCAGUCAUGAGUGCUCCAGUGUUUGAACCAGGAAGGGAGUACUAUUUUAUUGGUAAGAUUACAUAGUAAGUAACAAUGGUGACCGCAAUAACUCCCCGAAUUAAUUUUCAUAAUUUAAUCAAAGUUUACGGUCAUUGCCUUAGAAGUUUGUUGUUAGAGCCCUUAAGGUCGAUUUUGGCGGGCUGUUGGAAAUCGUUUUCGAAAUUACGUACGUUUCUAUAAGAAAAGAGAAAUCGUUAAUUAAUGAGCAAAAGAGUUCUUAAAAGUAGUAUGUGAUGUUUUAGGGUGCUAAAAACCUUGCGGUAAACGUGAACCUCAAAUCGCAAACCUGACGGCAAGGCACUGGUCAAGUGAAAAUCUUCCAUCUUUAAAGUCAGUUAAAAUACUUGCUUGUUCGACCUCAGAUAUCCAGUGUAAAAGUUCCCACUUAUAGGGAAAAUAAAAAGUUGAUUGCUGGCUUUUCUGCACUCGUGAUGCCAGAGCUAGAUAAGUCAAUCUGGUUUUUGUCUGGUUUGCAAUCAAGGUAAUAUAGCAAAUUCUGAUCAUCCGCGCCUUGAGCUUACCCCCUAUCCCCCUUUACGGUCCCUCCCAUCAGCCUUGGAGACGAAGUUGGGUGGGGCUGACCAAGCUUUCUGGCCUGUUCCUUGUCCACUGCUUUCUAAUUGGGGGCCAACUAAGUCCUCUAUGCUAUGUUUUUAGCGACUUCAGAUGGUACAAGAUCGUCCUUGGACAAAACUUCCGGAGGGCGUUGCAGCUCACAUACGAUGAAGCUUAAGUUCUAUGUUUGUACAAACAAUACAGGUUAGUACAGAACUUCCCGGAAACUAACGUGGCUGGCUUGGCGUCGUUUUUUAUUUCUCAACAAGAAUGAAUGAGCUAAAGAAUGAACGGUUGAAGGAAUUCCCUGCUUUAUAAACAGGUGCAAGCAAAAAUGAAAGAUACAAACUAUAUAACGCCGCUUUCUUAGUCAAAAAUAAUAUACUAAAAGAUAAAGCCACGAUUAGGCAAUAGACGUUUCCAAAGCUUUUUUCAAGUUUUAAUAAAGGUCAGUAAGUGAAUAUCAAUCGACACCGCUGGAAGGUUUGCGCGCCUUACAAUAAGUAAAUUUGGCAAGUUUAAAGGUGAUACGUCUAUUAAAGUGCGCGAAGCUGUUGCUGCUCCACAAAAUCGCCAAAUUUUACAGACGUUUGUAUGGUGUGGGGGCGAGUUCGUGCUCCCCACCAUACAAACGUUUGUAAAAUUUCGCAGCUAUGCUGAUCGAGAUCUUCCUUAGUUUUCAACAAAUCCCUCUAAAAAUGAGCCUCCUUACUGAUUAUUUUUUCCAGCUGUGUUAAAGGAUUUUUGAUAACUGGUCGUAGUAAAAAGAUGAAAAAAAAAACCGUGGAAAGGUCUUUUGUUCUGUGAUCGUUACCCCUCCACAUACACAUGUAGCUGCUUCGAGAUUGGGCUAUUUUUGAUAUCAACUGCGGAGGCACUGCAAAGGAGAGUCUCAGUAUUGGAUCCUAUAUGUGUAAAUCUACUAACUUUUAAAUUGAAUUGUCUGCUUUCUGACUGCGCGCGACCAUAGCUUAAUUUGUUCUUUUCGCUAUGAAGCAAUCUCCUUCGGUUCCACUUUAGAUCCACGGUGUCAAAGCGAUGAUCUGUGCAAUGGUAUAGUUCCUACACAUGCUCCAACAACUGCUAGCACUGCGAAGCCAACAACGACAUCGACACAAACCACUCCCGCUACCACUUACAUGGUAAAAAACACUUCAUCCACAGCGUACAUAGUUCCAACCUCGCGGAUAAAAACUACAGGUAACUGAAAAAACCUGAUCGUUACUCGCACGAAAUAAUAUUCAAUGCUUAAAUCCUCGAGCUCAGUAACCAUUGUUUUGACGUGUUCUCUAUGACGCUGGCUACUACUACUACCACUACCACUACCACUACCACCACCACCACCACUACUACUACUACCACUACUACUACUACUACUACUACUACUACUACUACUACCACUACCACUACCACUACCACUACCACUACCACUACCACUACCACUACCACUACCACUACCACUCCACCACUACCACCACCACCACCACCACCACCACCACCACCACCACCACCACUACUACUACUACCACUACUACUACUACUACUACUACUACUACUACUACUCCUCCUCCUCCUCCUCCUCCUCCUCCUCAAGUCACUUUCAUUUGGUCGCUAAGGACAAAGUAUAAGAAGAUGAGGCAGUCGAAAAACGUUUCUAUUUUCAAAUACUGAAAAACGCAACAUUCUUUUCAGUUGCAGCCAAUCCCGGACAGGAAAGAGAGAGAUCCUUCAAGGAGACUACGUACUUUAUAGCCAUUGGUGGUCUUGUGUUCCUGUGCGUUCUUCUUAUCAUCGUUUCUGUUUUUUCGUUCUAUCGGUUAAAUCGAAACAGCACGCGCAAGUCACGCUCACCGUCAGCUCAACUAGUUUAAAGUGUGUUCGGAAAAUGUGAUAUCUUUACAUAUAAAUGUAAAUCAAACUUAAGGAGAAUGGCCCUGGCAUAGGUGUGGCGAGUUUUUAUGGAAGGGUUCUGCUUUGGACAACCUGCUACUAUCAAAGCCGACCAAAAGCUUUGCAGAAAGAGGUGUGAGUAACUAACCAACCGAUUAAACAGGAGGUAAAUCGUGUUGUAGUGGUGAUGAUUCUGCCACUGGUGCUGAUGGUAACCAGAAUUUGUAUAUUUUGCUUUUUACAUACGUGCCAAUUAAUAAAGUACUAUUAAUAUGCCAUGCUUUAUACAUAAAGAGAUAAUUAAGAUUUAUUUAUAUUGAUCUUGGGUGGGUUAGAAAUCCACCCAUUAUAACCUUGCGACAGUUCAUAAUACACAUGUAGAUGCAAUCGGUUUCUAAGAUGUAGCAAAAAAGAAAUCGGCGUUUUCGAUUCCUUUUGUGGUUUUAUAAACAGAGAAUAUACGUUGUUGUUAAUAUAUAAAUUUUUAAAAUUCAAAAGAUUGUAGCGGAGCACUAUAGGUAAGAAAAUGUGGUAAACUACCCAUCCGAGAAAAUUUGGUAAUCACGUGACCGUACACCGACCGACCGCCCGACCGUCCGUCCGCAGCUCAGGCAUACCAAUGUAAAAUAACUCAAUCAACAGGCAUGGCAACCCAAAUGCAACUCGAGGUUAUUUUGACGGGAAAUCGCACUGCGACCUGCCUCUUGUAAAGCAGAAACAACUAAAGAGUCGAUGAGGAGCAAAAUGAGAAGUGAAAUUGUCUCUGUAUCCGUGUUUUCUAAAGUAUUAAGCUUAGAUUGUCAUGUCCACAAAUUUGGAAUAUAGAGCAAGAGAAACACAGAGAAAAAGAGAAAGUGGGCGGCAGGCCAGCGAAGCUCAACGAGAAAAAGGGCGACAUAGAUUUGGAGCAAGAGAGAAAAAACAAAGGAGACAUUUUUUUGUUGGAAGAACAACACGAAAAUUUUGUAACGGCGGUGACAAAAUGAGAAAUGCUAGCGGCCACCAAUGCAGGAUGAAAAUGAGCGGCAGGGGAAAAAUAGUGAACGAGAAAACGUACGACAAUUCCUCCAUAAAACGUGUAACUAAGAAGUUUCUGGAAGUUUUACGUUGUAGUCGUGCAAAACAACGGCAAAGAAAUUACAAAAAAAGUGUGCUGUGCGUGCAAAGUUGCUUUAUUCCUAAUUAGACCUAUUGAUGUUUUUCACCGUUCUCCGGCGUUGCCUUCGCCGCUUAGCAUUACAGGAUUUUAUAUUUUGUUUGAACAAACUAUAAAUAUUAUCGAGAGCUUCGCUUUUAGCCCUGGCUAAAUCUAUAUAUUAUUAAAUGCAGUGUGCGCCUCCUGAAUUCAGAUCUAAGCUCAGAUGAGGUUACAGU